AUGCCGAAUCCGAGCGGCGCGUACAUCAUCGCACGGACUCUCUAUGAACUGGGAGUAACGGUACUAUUUGGCCUGGUCGGUGUGCCUGUGGCUGACAUUGCCGAAGAGGCAAUCAGUCUCGGCAUACGAUUCAUUGGCUUCCGCAACGAGCAAGCAUGUAGCUAUGCGGCCACAGCCUAUGGCUACCUCAUCGGCAGGCCGGGGAUAUGCCUUCUCGUCGGUGCGCCAGGCAUACUGCAUGGGAUGGCUGGCAUUGGCAAUGCUUCGGCGAACGCCUGGCCAACGGUAUUUCUUGGAGGAUCUUCUGAGCAGGCGCUCAAUGGGAAAGGGGCGUUCCAGGAGAUGGACGCUGUGUCGCUAUUGACGCCUCACACGAAGAUGGCUAUGCGGCCCGCAAAGAAUGAUCCAUAUACUAUUGUCAGCGCUAUCCAUCGUGCUUACCGGUUUGCUUGGUAUGGACGGCCAGGCCCAACAUUUGUGGACCUUCCCGGGGACUUGAUCAUGAUGCCGACUAGUGAUGGCAAGAGCCAUCUGGAUCUGCCGUCUGCAAAAUCGUUGCGCCCUCCACCGAAAGCAUGUGCAGAUUCAGACCGUGUUGCUGAAGCGGUGGCAUUGCUGAAAGGUGCCAAAGCGCCGCUUGUGGUGAUUGGUAAGGGGGCGGCGUAUGCAAGAGCCGAAGGACACAUCAAUGAACUGGUCACCAAGCAUCAUCUUCCAUUCUUACCGACACCAAUGGGCAAGGGCGUGAUUUCUGAUGACCACCCCUUAAGCGCGACUGCAGCCAGGUCGGCAGCCCUCAAGAAUGCAGAUGUCGUUGUUCUGCUUGGGGCACGACUCAACUGGAUUUUGCACUACGGGGAGCCUCCCAAGUACUCUUCUGGCGUAAAGAUCAUUCAAGUAGACAUCUCACCAGAAGACCUUGGACGUGUCAAUGGUCAUGGCGAACCUGCCGUGAGUCUCUUUGGCGACAUUGGUGCUGUGGUCUCUCAGAUGAACGUUGCUCUCAGUGCAUGGACAGCCUUCCCGAGACCGAACUUCGAUGAUAAGUCUCAUCCUUACUUAGCAGCUUUGUCAGCAUCCGCACAUAAGAACAACGACGCGCAGAGCAGGAAGUCUUUGACGGCCACACAGCCUGGCCAACUGUUGAGCUACGAAAGAGCUUACCAUAUCAUCAACACGGCACUCAACGACCUCACCUCGCCAACGCAGUCAGAGAUUGUAUGGAUGUCGGAAGGUGCGAACACCAUGGACAUUUCACGCACCUCAUUCUCGGUAUCAGAACCUCGUCAGCGUCUCGAUGCAGGUACUUACGCCACCAUGGGUGUUGGUGGAGGCUACGCUCUCGCUGCCUAUGCUGCAUACAACUAUCCUGUGGCGGACUCGAAGCGUAUUGUCUGUUUGUUCGGCGAUUCUGCUUUCGGGUUCUCUGGCAUGGAGAUAGAGACCAUGGCUCGACAUCGCAUGCCGAUUGUAAUUUUCGUGAUGAACAACUCCGGGAUAUAUCAUGGAGACAGUAUCAGUGCAGAAGAGUGGCUCGGGAAGCAGGGUGACAGCGUCAAGGGUGAGACUGUCGUGGAAGGAAGAGGCAAGAAAGGUUUGAGAAGUACGAGUCUGCUGUGGGAGACGAGGUACGAUAUGAUGGCCGAGAUGGUCGGUGGGAAGGGCUAUUUCGUGAAAACGGAGGAAGAACUGGGAAGAGCGACGAGGGAUGCUUGGGAAUGGGGCAAGAGCAACCGGAACGUCGUCCUCAUCAAUGUCGUGAUUGAUUCCGGAAGGGACAAGACGAUCAGCUUUGCAUGGGAGAUGAGCAGACAGAACGAGAAGGUGCUGCCUAAACAAAUGAGUAUCGCGAAGGAAGGGAAGGAUGCAAAAUUGUAG